AUGGCUCAAGGAAGAUCAGCAGUUCCAUCCAUUAUCGAUCAUGACGAGAAGUCCAAGACUCAGGUCGAAACCCAGCAGAUCGAGAUUUACGUCCUUCGACCUGCUCAGAUCCAGCACCGGUUUGAUAGGUUGAGGGAUCUUAAUGAUGAACAAAUGACUGCGCUCAACAAAAGAGUCGUCAAGAAAAUCGACUGGCGACUAAUGCCAUGCAUUACACUGAUGUUCCUGAUGAAUUACCUCGAUCGCAUCAACGUCUCCAAUGCUCGCCUUGCUGGCCUGCAAGAGGACCUCAACAUGACUGACACUGUUUGGAGUGCCGGCAUAAGCACAUUCUACGUCGGAUAUCUCCUUGGCCAACUACCGGGCAAUUUGUGGCUUGCAAAGGCCAAUCCAAGCAAGUUCUUGCCGACCACUAUGCUUGCAUGGAGUAUUGCAACCAUUUGUAUGCCUGCGAUGAAAAGCGGUGCGGGAUUUUGUAUUGUUCGCUUCGUCAUCGGUUUCUGCGAGGCACCAUUCUUUCCCGGCAUUACUUUAAUCACGUCUUCAUGGUACAACAAGGAAGAAAACCCAACUCGUAUGGCGAUAUGGCAUGCCGGCAACACCAUCUCAAAUAUAAUAUCUGGUUUUCUCGCAGCGGGCAUUCUGGAACAUAUGGAUCACGUAGCAAACCUCCAUGCAUGGCAAUGGUUCUUCCUUAUCGAAGGUAUUGCAUCUAUAUUGGUAGCCGUUGCAGCAUUUUUCAUCCUUCCAGACUGGCCGCACAACACCAAGUUCCUUACUGAAGAAGAAAAAGAAAUGGCUCAAUACCGUGUUCUUGUCUCCAACGGCGGAAUAGAUGAGGGCAUUGGUGGCACAUGGGACGGCGUCAAAGAAGCUGUCCGAGACCCUUUCACUUGGCUCUUCUGCGGAAUGCACUUUGCCCUCGUCACUGCUCAAAGUUUCAAGGAUUUCUUCCCUUCUAUACUCAAGACUUUUGGAUUCAGCAAAACGGCAACCUAUCUUGUGCAAGCGCCACCCUACGCAAUUGCAUACGCCGCUGCAUGUGGUCUUGCGUGGACGUCUGGUAGAUACCAGGAGUCUUGCUACCACAUCAUUGUCCCAAUCGCCGCCUCUGCAGCUGGCGUUGUUAUGCUGAUCGCAAGCCUAAAUGUCGGUGUGCGGUACUUUGGUAUCAUCCUCCUCAUCAGCGGCACAUACUCCGGUCUCAAUCUGCAAUUGUCCUGGGAAACCACACUUGUGCCGGCGCCCAAGAGCAAGAAGGCCGCCUUGAUCGCGAUUGCCAACUGCAUUUCUCAAACCAGCCACUGGUUCAGUCCAUACUUCUUCCCAACGUCACAAGAGCCAUUCUACCGACUCGGUGGUGGCCUUAUUCUGUUUGGCUGCUUGAUGACCGGUCUGAUUUGCUGCGGAAUUAAAUGGAGGGCCAAGAAGCUCAACAAGAAACUCGAUAGACUGGAGGGCUACUCUGCUCACUCGGGUAAUGAGAGAGGGUGGCGUUAUGUAUAUUAA